CCACCGAGUCGUGACGUGCGCGGGAGGAGGGGCCCACCCUCGCGCUUAAAUACAGCGCCAAGCCUGAUCUGGACAGACUGAAAGCACAGUUCUUGCAUGCGCUCCACCAGAAGACACAACAUGAUCAAGAAAAUGUCCCCCUCGGAGAGCGACUUUGACAUUCCGGCCAAGAACUGCUACAGGAUGGUGAUUCUCGGCUCCACGAAAGUGGGCAAAACGGCCAUCGUGUCCCGGUUCCUCAACGGGAGGUUCGACGAGCAGUACACGCCGACGAUAGAGGACUUUCACCGGAAACUGUACAGCAUCAAGGGGGACGUUUACCAGCUUGACAUCCUGGAUACUUCUGGGAACCAUCCGUUCCCGGCCAUGCGGAGGCUCUCCAUCCUGACAGGAGACGUGUUCAUCCUGGUCUUCAGCCUGGACAACAGAGACUCCUUCCACGAGGUCCAGCGUCUCAAGCGUCAAAUCUACGAGACCAAGUCGUGCCUGAAAAACAAAAUGAAGGAGAACCUCGACGUGCCUCUGGUCAUCUGCGGCAACAAAGGCGAUCGCGAGUUCUACCGCGAGGUGCAGCGCGCCGAGAUCGACCAACUGGUGGAGGGCGACGACAACAAGUGCGCCUACUUCGAGAUCUCAGCCAAGCGCAACGAGAACGUGGACCGCAUGUUCCAGACGCUCUUCACCCUGGCCAAGCUGCCCCACGAGAUGAGCCCCGACCUGCACAGGAAGGUGUCGGUGCAAUACUGCGACAUGCUGCACAGAAAGUCCGUCAAGAGCAAGAAAAUGAAGGACGUAGGGGAGGCGUACGGCAUGGUCACGCCGUACGCGAGAAGACCCAGCGUGCACAGCGACCUCAUGUACAUUAAGGAGAAAGCGGUCGGUGGAGGGCAAGCCAAAGAUAAAGAAAGAUGCGUCAUCAGUUAAGAGGACUAUGCUUGAAAAGACAUUUAACAGAAAAAAAAAUGGGAGAAGCUGCCAUGUUUUGGGCUUUUUCGCACCAGCAUUUGCGCGAGCGCAAGUGGAGGCAACCGACGCAAAAGUGUCACCAUGGAGACGGAGCGGGAUCUCAUUGACUGCAAAAAAAAAAAAAAAAAAAUAACCCACGACAGAUUCAAAGAAUGUUCGCUUGUUCUGUCCACCCGUGUGACUGGUCAUCACCGUACUUUGUGCGUGUCAUGCGUUUAGAAGAAAAAAAAUGUGUUCGUUGACGUCAUCAGAGACUCUGGACAAUAAUGUUGUUUACAUCCUUGUUUUAUAAUAACCACACUUGAAUGUUACUUUGCAAUCAGCACUCUUUUUACGUACUGUAUAUUUAUUGUGACUUACUUUUUUGCAACGAAAACUUGAUAUAAUAAUUAAAAAAAGAAAAAAUCCUGGA